UGUUCAUCCGCAGUGAUCCCUGCGCGCUCGGUGGCUGUUGCUGCGUUCGGUGUUCCUCGAAAUGAAAAGUGUGCGUUGAUCGAGGGAGGAGUGUGCUGCUAUUUCUCCCUCUUCAACAUCGUCGCAAGUUUUGUGCAGCUUGGAUUACGUCGUUGGAAUCUGCACGUGCUCGUUUGUGCUGUCGGUGAAGUGUUCUUUUCUGUGCAUAAGUUCAACGAGAAGAAGAGACGCACUCCACCAGCGAGGCAGAGGCGACCGUCGCACGGGGUCGUGAUUUUCGCGUUCCCGUCGGGGGGGAACUGGUGCACAUCGCUAGGCCUUGCGCUACCGACGCAAGAUAGGAGGACUUCUUUUUCGCGAGCCAGGCUGAUUAGUCGGCGUGUGAAAGCAUGGAAGCCAUAGCGAAGCACGACUUUACGGCGACGGCCGACGACGAGCUGAGCUUUCGCAAGGGCCAAGUGUUGAAGGUGCUGAACAUGGAGGACGACAUGAACUGGUACCGGGCCGAGCUGGAUUCCAAGGAGGGCCUCAUUCCUAGCAACUACAUUGAAAUGAAGAAGCACGACUGGUAUUAUGGACGCAUCACGCGAGCCGACGCAGAGAAGCUGCUGUCAAACAAGCACGAGGGAGCCUUCUUGAUUCGCGUCAGCGAGAGCUCGCCCGGUGACUUUUCCCUCUCGGUCCGCUGUGGUGAUGGCGUCCAGCACUUCAAGGUGCUACGAGACACGAUGGGCAAAUUCUUCUUGUGGGUGGUGAAGUUUGCCUCGCUCAACGAGCUGGUUGAGUACCACCGCUCGGCCUCAGUCAGCCGCUCCCAGGACAUCAAGCUCCGUGACAUGCACCCAGAAGAGGAGACUACACCCGGGGUUCAACCUCAGCCGAGGCACCAGCGUGUACUGACACCGCUCAAGCUUCCCACAGGAAACAACGCCAGCCAGACAGCUCAGCUCGGAGCUGGCGGACGGGAAGAUAAGAGCCAGUGCCUCGUGCAAGCCAUGUACGACUUCCAGCCCCAGGAGAACGGGGAGCUGGAGUUCCGCCGCGGCGAUAUCAUCAACGUCCACGACCGCUCGGACGCCAACUGGUGGGAGGGCGAGAUCGGCUCGCGCCGUGGCUACUUCCCGGCCACGUACGUGGUGCCCUACCACACGUAGUGCGCUCUCCCCCCGACGAGUCCACGCCGGGCAGAGGCCACUGCGGCUGUCACAGUCUUGUCCCACGGCGCAGGCCUCCCCAAAAGUGGGAAGCAGGGGGGAGGGUGUGUUCUCCCCCUCGCCGCGUGGUGAUCUGAAAUUCUGUCUAGCAAAGCUGGUCCAAGGUGCUCUUUGUGCUGCAUGAGUCGAAGCGUGGCAAAAAUGGUCCUAACGAAGAAGCAGCGCUGCACUCGCACACGGCGUCCAUUACAAAGGACGACCACGUGACGAUUAACGAUAAAACUUCCCUUAACGAAACGUCCCCUUGAAACUGUGAGUGCGAGUGUAGCGCUGGUCAUCGGGUGUUUCUUUCGUCCCAUUUGUGUCACGCUAUGACUAAGCGGCACGAAGAGCCCACCAAGCAGGCCUGCCGAGUCUUUUUUUUUUUUUUUUUUCCAGCAGUGCAAGGUGCUCUUUUCCACAGGCCACUCCGAAUGUGGCAACAGAAAGCAGGUGGCUUGUUGACUCCCAAGCUAAGGACGCUCGCCCAGCGCCUCAGUGUGGGUAUCUCACAAACGCGUGAGGAAAGAUGCUAGAAGUGACCCCCGGACAGUUGCUGGGACCAGUAGCAUGUCCCCCAUUUCGUUUUGUCGUGCUUUUUUAUUAUUUUUCAGAGGAGACAUCAGGCCAGUUAUUCCCCCCCCCCCCCCCCAUAACAUCCUCCCAAAAACAUUGAUCAGUGCAAAUAGAUGCUAUUUCGGCAGCAGCACAGCUGCGGCCAUUAGUGUUUGUCGCCGCUCCCGAACUGAGAAGUUUCAGGCCACAAUUGCUGUCAUCGGCAAGAGAAUGCAGCUUGGAAAAGCUCCGGUUCACGCCAGGUCUUGUGGGUGUGGCUCCACCAGGUCAUCUAGUCUCUUCAAUCACGAGACCCUUCCAAAUUUGACUUCGCAAACCUUAUUUCUUGCGGCGAAGCUCAGCCACAGUUCGGGCUAUCGUGCCAGCCUUUGUGUCAAAGGGAGUCAUGCGUGGACAACUGUGGGUCAAACACACACUCUCCUGUGAUUGCAUUCUAUGCUUUACAGAGAAUGGUCACCGGGUUCUUUGCCAGCGAAUAUCGCUCGGUGCUACAACUGAAGCUGGGUCUGUGCCACGCAGAGCAGCAUAGCCGUUUUGCUCGGUCGGCGUAUGUAGCAAGAGAAAUGUUUUUGGAUCCCUUUCACAGGAACAGCUUUUAUGACCUCUCUCAGCGCGCACCCGGGUUGAAUGACACUUUGCAUGGCCACUAACGCAGAUUCAGUGUUUGUUGGCACAGGCAUGAUGUCUCGGGGCAGUGCUUGACACGGGUGCCUUCUCGUGCGGAGGCUGUGUCACACUGGAAGUAUUGCCUGGGUGCGCCUUCUGAGUAGCUAAGUGUACAGCAUGAGCUAAGCGGUGAAAGGAAAGGGGUGUGCUGCCCAGAACUUUCCGUGUACUUUGUCGCGGAGGCGGGGUCGAUGAGUCGUGGCAACGGGAGUCUUGCUCACCAUUUUCGGCUUGCGCAGCACUUGCCAAAAGCUGGCACAGUGUAAACUUCAGGCCAUGUUGAGGUGAUGGACGUAGGUCAACUGUGAACUGAAGUUUGGGGACAUUUGCAGCUGAGUCUGCUUCGGGAACCCUUGGACAGCCAGCAGCCACGAACUGAAAUUGUGCUAUUCUAGGUGUUCACAUUGUGGUGAAAACAAAGUGGGGUUGGAAGGGCUCUGAAGGAGUCACAACUUUGCCAGCACUGUAAAGUGCAGUUUACAUAGCCAACGCUUUUUCUUAUGAGAAUUCACGUCAUGACGGCUUGUUGCAGCAUCUUUUUUUAGUCUGCUUCGUGAAUCGUCGCGCAGUGUCAGUGUCGCCACAUUCUAGAAAAAUGCAGCGAACGCCGCUGCUUUUCUGGGUUCCACAUUGCUUCAUUUGCCAAGGCACAUCGCCGUGACGGUACGCAGUAGUAAAUAGGCCCGUCGAGCUACUGUGCCAAAUCGCGGGUAGGCCAUACUUCUUUACAAGUAGGCAGCUUUGCCAAUGGCGUGGGAGAAAGACAAUCCGGCACACAUUGCGACAUUUGGGGUAAGCUGAACCUUCCUGUGGGCUUCGCAUCCUGCGAGUCGUCAUCCUUCCAGAUUUGCAUAGAAGUGCACCAUCUGCUUGGAAGUCGGUGGAAGCCCCCGUCUUUAGGAGACUUCCGGUUAGUCCAGAACUCUGGCAAGUAUUCUUUUAGUGGCCACCAGAAAAGGGCUACCUUGACACUGCGUGGUCUCCAGCUGCUGCUGACAUUAUAAGCCAUUUAAGAAGAAAAAAAGUGAGGGAAAGCCUUAUGUGCGGCGUUACGGCUGUGUUUCGUUUUACCAGAUUUAAGAAGAAGAAGAGCGUUCAUUGCUUUUUCUGAAGUAGGAUUUGUAGGCAACCCCUGAUUGUCCCAUACGUGUGGUGUGCUUGUCGCUUCGUUCCACUUGCGAAGUGAACUGCAUGUAUUUCAAAAUGCUGUGGUGGUGCCAUCUGUUGACAACGCGUCGCAUGAUUUAUUCUGUGUUGACCAAAUGUGGCGGAGGAGGAACGUUGCAGCAACAAAAGCUUCUUCACCGCAUUCAGCUUUGACGGCAAGAGGCUUGUCUUCAAACGUCUGAAGAUUCUGUGUCGCGAGCUUUCAAGAGCAUUGCAGAUCUCUUUGUGUACAACUUGCAGAUGUCUUGCACGAACAAUUUUUUUUUUUUGUUUAGCCCAAACGGACCUUUGUUUUUCUCGUUAAUUGCAGCGGCAAUGAACGUGUCAUUGCUGCGGUGUUGCUCAUGCGUCGCUGUAAUGGUGUGCACACUGAAAUUUUAAUCCCACUUUUGCAAUGUAUAACACUUUUGUGUGGUCUGCUUAAACCCCUCGGAGGCAGUACAGUCUAUACGCUGGUCACCAUGCAGAUUGUGCUCACCUCUGCUUUUAUCUCGUUAUCAGCUGCAUUGCUCUAGGACAGUAACAUUAUUGUGCAACGUGGAGCGAUUGUCGUGUCCCUCGUCAGUGCUGCACAAAGCGGUGUUCUCGUGUUCAGCCGUUACUCGUCUAUCCCUUCCUACUCUUUUGUUAUUUUUUUGUGGGGCCAGGGAUGAACCUUGCUUUCUCUUGUUCCGUUAUUCUCUACAUUUCUGUGCUCUUAGAAGUGCAAAGUUCGUUUUAGAAAUCUAUCCCCUCUUUUUUUUGUAUUGUUUGUCAUCCGUUUAAAGACAGCAGUGUGCAAGUGAACAGUGUGAGUGUUUUGUAUGUAUAUAUACCGCUGAUUCUUUCCUUCUCACCAUCCCCUUUAUCUCUUUCCUUUUAAGGAACAGAAAAACAUUAUUUUUUGGUUUGAGCACCAAUACGGAAAUGAAAAUGCAGAUGGUGUUACGGAUCUCGGGCUAACGAGACACCACUUCUUCAGUUCAACUGAAGCCCGGUCAUGGGCUGCUGCCUGUUUCACCUUUAUCUAUACCAUCGUAGCUGUUGUCCACUUCGCUUCUCUUCCACCAUCUUGGCACCACUGUUUCGGCACGCGUCCUCGUAUUGACUUUUGGCUAUGUGGUCCCUCAGCUUCUCUACUGCUUCCGUCACUUUUUUUGGGACACGAGGCAACGGCCGCAGCGAAGUGUGUCGUCUAGUCAUCCGUCCCCCCCGCCCCCUCCCGCAUCCUCCGUGUCUCGUGCCCCUUGCUCGUGUGUUGCCUCAUACUGCUGUGGCCGUCUCGCAGGUCUCCCGAGCUCGACUCUGAGCAAGAGCUAUACGAAAGUGGCCGUGCAAUGUACCGCACCUCGAGUAGCGAAGGUGACACAGUUCUCCCCGGCAUCGUCGGGUGGUUCUGGCAUCGCUUAUGUUCUUCGCCAGGCACAGGGUUCUGGCAUCUGUAAUGAAAUUCGUAUAUUCUUUAACAGAUGCAUGGUUCUGGCAUCCCUAAUGGCAUUACAGAAGCCAGAACGUGCAUUCAUAAUGGCAUCCACAUAUUCUUCACCGGGCGCGUUCUUCGUCAGUGCUCCAUAAUGGAAAUACAGAUUCCAGAAUGUGCA